CGUGUUUCUGACCAGGAAUGGCGAGUGAGCUAGCUAGUGCGAUCCCUCUCCUCUGAAAUUUGAAUCGGAAUCCCCAUCCUUCCGCUCUCCAUGUCGUCGUCCUCCCCGCCGUCGCAGCCGCCGGCGCCGGGAACUGAGGACAAGGAGAAGGGCCCCGACGUCGAGAUGGUGGUGGAAGGAGAGGCACCGCGCCCCCGCGCCGCCGAGCCGAGCCGUACCGCGCCGGGGGCGGACGGGGAAGGGGACGCCGGCGCCGACGACGACGACGACGAAGAUGAUGACUCUGACGACAGCAACGGCUCCGGAGACGAGGACUCAGAUGAGGAAGACGAAGACGAGGGGUCGGAGGGGGAGCAGGAAGCUGGGGACGACGAAGGCCAUGACUCGGACGAGGAAGACGACGAGGACUCUGAUGAGGAAGAUGACGAGGACGACGAUGAAGACGACGAAGAAGAUGAGGAUGAUGAUGACUCCGAGGAGGAGGAGGACGAGAUGGAGGUGGAGCAGCCGACGGUGGCCGCUUGCGGCGUCUAGCAGCUGACAUCCGACGCAGCGCGUCAAAUCUGAGUGAGGAUGUAAGUGGAGUGCAUAUGAGCUCAUGGUAAAGCAUAUGAAGGAGAGGGGAUGUAAUUUGUGUCGGAGGAUCGACACGGGAGAAGAGACGGGCUAAGCGAUCUCUGAAUUAUCUUGUCACGCCGGCACUACUCUGUUUCUACUGAAUUACAUCUGUGCACGAACUUUGUUUCUGUUUAUGUUUCUGUUCUGCUCAUAUGAGCCUGGAUCUGCUAUUGAAAACUGUUGGUUCGAUCUUGUGGAAAUAUCGCACUGCAUGACA